CUCUGCUACGAUAUAUAAAUCGGUUACCUGGUCUCUGGAUCUCUCUAAAUUCACGCGGACCAGGAGUAGCACAAUUCCUCUCUUGAUCAGCAACCUGUAAUUCAGUCGAGACCAUCGCUAUUGUUUGGCACUUCGUACGCAAAAUGGAGAACGCUACCCGGAACACGGUGACUGUGCAUUGUGCCAACCAGUCAGACCUCACUCUCGGACGAUCCUCAAAGUCUCAAUCUAUUUUCCGCGGGUGUGAGGAAGGCACUAAGAUCUCUCCUGAUGCAGACCAGAACGGCAAGACAUUCGAUGCGUUCGUGCUCAAAGCAACGGAGCCGAGUAACGGCUCGGCAUUUGUGUUCUUUGACUUCGGACUCGAAGGACAUGAGCUUGUGCUGUGGAUCUCGAUGAGUCCGCAAGAAUCGAUUCUCGAUGUGAAAGCGCGCGUCGUUACGGCUGAUCAUCCAUUUGAUACUGCCCUUCUUCAGAACCUCGAAACGAACGAAGAUAAGCAGGAAGAAGUGGGCUUAUCCACGGCAAUCGUUUGGCCUAUGGGAAACGAUGAUGAUGAUCACCAGCUUUGGGUUUCUGUCGAUACGCAAGAGGAGUUCGUCCCUAUCGACCAAUCUUUGGAGGAAUAUUGGGGACACAAAAACCCUGUGGUCUCGCUUUAUCUGCGAGACACGACUUGGAACCCCCCACCGCCCGUGACGCUCCCAGAUGGCACUCAAGAGUCUUGGGAAGACCGGAAUCAACCCUUCUUCAAAAUCGCUGCUGGUAAAGGCCAAAACAUUGGUGAGCCUAUCCACGAGAACUUAACACUAGCGGCGUUGUAUGCACAUGGUGUCCUACCAAAAGAAGUCAACGCAUCAACCUCAUACGAUAAGGUCGUCGGCAAAGGGAGCCUUUCCAUUGGCAUACCUGAUGUAUGGGAGGUCAUGCGUGGUGUGUUCUGGAACGACGAUCCUGCAUGCUCCUUAUUCAACGACCGCAAAACAAACAACGGGUCUUUUGCCUGGGGUGCUAAAUGGGGCUCGGACUUCCUGGUCAGAGUCAAAACUUUCAAACACGACAACAUUAUCUGGCGCUCGCAUUUCGGCGACCUGCAGGCCUUGCAUGCCAUGGGCAAGGGCAAAGGCGAACAUCCCGAAGCGACACGGAACGAGAUCAUGGCGUGGAUGAGGACCAUGUACUGUCUGUCGACCGGGCAGGGAAUCCGCGCCGACGAUCAAAUCGCGACCACGCAGCUUGGAGCGUUCUUCCAAAAGUUCAAUUCGCCAAAGGGCUCGGAUACGCUGCGUAAACUGAUCCUGGGCGGCACGCCGAGCUACAACAAAGUGAUCAUCGAACGAAGGGCAAUCGGUAUCAUGUUCCAUAUCAUACAGGACUCCUACGCGGUCGGGCACUGCAGACGCAGGCUUUUGAACCCGGAGAGCAUGAAAGACACCACUGUGAAACCCGUGCUUGGCAAGAGUUUCAAAGCAAAAGUCUUCAACCCGUUCCCCCAAUUCGGUGUCAUCCACAACUUCCACAGCUACUCCGGCCAGGACGACAAGAAACACGGGUGGUACGACAGCAACCCGAGCAAGACUCGCUUGAACCACGCGGAUCUGAACACGUUCAACAACAUCCCGGGGGCGAGAAUGGCGAUAGAAAAGUGCGGCCUGCUGGGUGUUCACUGCCAGCAGAACACCAAGUGGAGUGUUGUGGAGGAGUGGUUGCUCAACGAUGUUUUCCGCGUGUCGCAGCAUGCUACCGCAAGCAACACGGAAAUUGAUGAGAACAUGGGCAAGGAACCGAGCGAGUGAUGGUUUCAAACCAAGGCUGGACCGCCGGCGAUUGGAAACGGGAAGAUACUCCAAUACAUUGAAAUGUCGGACACAACUGCAUGUAGCACGAAGUUUCAUAUCAUGCUUGGUGCUAGAACAUUCAGAAGACCUUUGAGGGAAUAGAGCUCGCAUAAAAGAUCUCUU